AUGGAAUAUAGAUCUUCCUUUUAUGGAAGUUUUCAUAGUCAGAACAGCAAUCAAAGCUAGCAAUUCUAUUAGAAGCCUUAGGAUGAAAUGUACUUUGAUAAGGAUUUCUAACCAAAUCAAUAGUCAAUCUUCAAUUUAGGAAAUGCAGUGGAUCAAAACAGAAUAAGAUACUAUAAAACAUUGAUAUGGAAGAGAACUAGCGACUUAUCAUACUCUCAUGAUAUCAGAAAUGAAUUGAUUGAGCCUGGAGAUGUUAUUUAAGGUACUAUUGGCAACUGCUAUUUCCUAUCAGCUUUGAGUUCACUUGCGUAAUACCCUUAAAGAGUGCUAAGUUUAUUUGUGAAUCUAGAUUAUGCUAAGGUAGGCAUGUUUAUCAUCAGAUUAUGUGUGAAUGGGGAGUUCUAGAAUGUGGUCGUAGAUGAUUUCAUUCCAUUUGAUCCUCAUUCUAAUCAGCCUGCAUUUACUAAGUCCAGAAAUAAUAAGCUAUGGCCGGUCAUUCUUGAGAAAGCCUGGGCUAAGAUACAUGGGGGUUAUGAAAAUAGUAGCUCAGGACAUUCAGUUGUAUCCUUUAGCUUUUUAACAGGGGCUCCCUGUUCAUACAUUUAACAUGAUGAUUAAGAGAAAUUGUGGGAUUUAGUCAAAGAGUCUGAUAAAUCAUUACAUAUAAUCACAGCAUCAAAUGCUAAACAGCAUUUAGAAUAGCAUUUCUUUGAGUAAAAUGGACUUGUGAAUGAUCAUGUCUACAGUCUAAUCACACUCAAUCAAAUAAAGCACUAUGGUGAAGAUUUAAGAUUAGUCAAUCUAAGAAAUCCUUGGGGCAAAUAAGAAUGGAAUGGUAGUUGGUCUAAAUUUGACAAGAAAUGGACUCCUUAACUUUAGAAAUAGCUUGGCUUUCAAUUUUUGAAAGAGGGUGAGUUCUUUAUGUCAUUCUUUGAUUACUUUACACAAUUCAGAGGGACAUCGAUUUGUAAAUAUAAUGAAUCAUUCUAGAGAUAUUCUAUCAAAUUUUCACCACCAUCAGCCUUUAUAACCAUGUUUGAAUUUGAUAUUCCGGCAGGAAUGCAUUAGGUUAAAACGCAUUUGAUUUUGUACUAAACCUAUGAAAGGAUAGAAGCCGAUUGGAAAUAAUAGUCAUUUCAUGAUUUAGUAUUAGCAUCUUAUUCUACAAUCUAACUGAAAUUAAAAAAGAUUACCUAUAAUGAUGGUACUUUGUAGGCAAUUCUUAAGUCUUGUGCAUUUUAAAAAAGUCAAAGAAAGUACUAUACUUAUGCAGGCAUUGAAACUUCGUUUUAGACAAUGGAUUUAAAUGACUCUGGAGCCGAUUAUGGAUUUUAUUACAUACAUAAUGACUCAGAUGUUGCAUUCAGGGAGAUGAUUACAUUUGUUUAACUUUAAGGUUACAAACUCCUACCUCCGCACUCAGGCUUCAUGACAGAGUGCACAGUAAGACCUGGAAGUAGUGAGAUUAUUGUACUUAAGCACCUAGAUGGCUAUGGACAAAUAUAAACUACCUCAUCAUUAGAAAUACUCUACGAUAAUUCUCAAUUAAUAGCAUUAGCUUUGUAAAAAGGAAAGUAGACUUAGAUAUUCUUUUAAAAUUAAGCUUAUGAGAUAUACUUCUAUCUUGGCUCUCAUUCUUAGGGAUACAUGCUUUACUUUGAAAAUCUUACUAAGGAUGUCUUGUUCAAGUCCAAAUUUAAUUUUGAGAUGCAGAAUCUUUAACUUACCGAUGAUUCUGGUAAGGUAUUAAGACACACAGAAGUCUUGGUUAAUGUGGGACCAGGUAAGACUAAAUACUUGAAACUAGAUUCAAUAGAUAAAAAGAACUUAUUUUAAUGCAGGUAUACUUAUACAUUUAGAUGUAAUGUGAACCUAGCAGACAAAAACGAGAUCAUAGCUUACCUGCGGAAAAAUGGAGAAAAAACACAGAUCAACUAUAAUGGCUAGCUGUUACAAAUAUUCUACUAUGUGGGAUAAAUAGGCGAUGACUUUUAUUGGUAUUUUGAGCAUCAUGACUAGAAUUGUGGACUCUUUGAGGGCACUUACAAUUUUAAGCUCUCUAACUUAAGACUAGACAAUGGAGGGUAGUUUAAUUAGUGGGUAAUAUAGCUUAAUAGAGGGUAAAAUACUCUGAGGGUAAUGUACUAGUUAAGUGAUGAAAGUAGAGAGAAGACUUCAUAUCAAGCAUAAAUGAAGUACUUAAUUCACUAGCCAAGACUACCAUCAUAGUAAAAGCUUUAUUUUUGA